CAGCAGUAGUGACAGUAAAGGAGAGAGGACACUGAAUAGAGGAGCUGUGUAAACAGGAGAAGAAUCCUCAACAGAUUAAGAAUAACACAACUCUGCUUAAACAAACACAAGACAGCCCUGACCGGAAGAUGUCUGGGAGCAAAAAAGAUACCUUUAAGAAUAUCAGAGGCCUGGAUGAGAAUGAACAGCAGAGAAUACAGCUGGAGGCAUCUCUGCUGAUGAGCAGGUCAGAAAUUAAGAAGUUGAACAAGACUAUUGCAGCAGAGCAGCUACGUAUUCAAAACCUUGAACAAAUCCUUGAGCAAAACAAGGACAAAUUUCAAAAGGUUUUCAAGACGACUGAGAAGAAAUGUUCGGAUGCCAGAACGCUGUUAGAAAAUGAGCACAAGUCCAAAGCAGAGACGAUUGCUGAGGUAGAGAAGUUAACUGAUGAAAUAGGGAAUGUGAAAAGUGACCUCUCUCAGACUGAGGACAUCCUGAAUAGAUAUAAGAGAUACAAGAAAAUCUUGUUCAAGCUGUCGCCUCCGGAGUGGCAGGAGGCCCAGGAGGCCGAGGCUUUUAAAGCUACAGUCCCGUCUAACAGAGACCCUCAGGAUGAGCAGGAUGAGGGGCCUCAGGAGUCAGCAGAUAGGCAGGGUUCGGAGAGAGGUGUGGAGUCCAGUCCAGGUCGAGUCCUGCCUUCUACUGGAGAGUCUACGCUGUCCUCGGUCCACAGUGACACACUGGUCACAAAUUAUAAAGAGGAAACGGACAGCUCUAAAUAUGAGGACAAACUGGAGCUCUACUUCUCCGAUCCCCAGCAGCUACUGGUUCUGAUGACGGACCUGACGGAUCAGAACCUUUCCCUGAUUCAAAACUCCACCAGGAUGGAUGAGACGCUGGAAGAGCUGCAGCAGACCUUCGAGACGGCCUCAAAGGAAAUGAAAGAGGAUGAAGAGAGGCUCACAUUGCAGGUAACUGACAUGCAGGAGAAGAUCGACAGAGAGUCGGAGAGAGCUGCUGAACUCCAAAAGAAGGUUCAGCUCCAUGACUCAUUAAAAACCGAGGACCAGGAUGUUUUGCUGGAUGCUCUGGGCAAGAAGGUGACAGAGGUGCAUCGCUGCUGCUUGGAUAGCCGGUUGUCCCACCUCAGCACGUUGGAGAAGCUGUCCAGUGUUGAGUACCGCAUGUCUUUGCUGCUCCAGCUCAUUGAGAACAUCCCUGAAGAAAGCUUGGAGGCACUGAGACAGAUCAAGGACAGUGAGAGGAUGAGCAGGCUGCGUGAAGAACAGCUGAGACUGGAGAGGGAGAAACAGAGAGAACGGAUGAAGAAGUGCAUGCAAAGAUCCCUGGGUGACUCCAAGAAAAAAAGGGGAAGAAAGCUCAUGUCCAGAUGCUUCCCUGUAGAGCAGAAGACCAAAGUCAGUGAUGAGGAGGACAGCAUUCCUGCUGAAGAUGAACUCCAGGCCUACCUCUUCACCAAUGAGGGCGCGGAGUAAAAAAAGGAAUUAGCACAUACUGUAUAAUGUUUGAAAGAAAGAAGUAGAAUAUAAAGGAUAAUACUGCAGUUUACUCUCUCUGAGGGUGUGUGAAUCUUCAACUGCUUUCCAGAAAUACAUUUAGUUGUUUUGAUUAGCUUCAAAAUUGAGAGAGCUACUGGAUCUGAUAAGAUUAUACUUUAUUGAGAGGAAUUUAGAUAUUACAGCAGCACAAGGACACAAAUAAGUACCCAUUAAUAGAGAAAUUAAAAAUAUAUAAGUAUGAGUAUAUAAGAUAAAGACAAAUAUAAAAUAGAAACUUUAAAAGAGAUAUUCAACUCAAAUUCAAUUUACAGGCUAUAACAGUACACAUUCAUACUAUUCGUGUUGUACUUCAGCUAAUAGUGCAACACUGUCUCAAGCUAAGUGACACAGUGGUGAGAUUGGUUGCAAGUCAGGAAUGUAUGGUACAUGUAAGAGUAAUGUGAUAGAUCUCACCAGAAUAUUAUAUACAGUGGUAUGACGAUUCAUUUUGCAAUAGACAGUAUAACAUAUACUGUAUGAGUGUGUGUGUAUAUACAUGUGGGUAUAUAUAUACACAUACAUGGUAUUACAACAUAAUAUAGCAUAACAGUAUAAUAUAGUGCAAAAUAA